AUCUGCAAGAGACAGCAAGUGUGGACCUUGUACAAACCACAGGUGUCACAAUGGUCUCUUCUGGUGGUGUAGCCUGUGUCAUAGCGCUAGUAUGUGCUUGUUGCAUUUCUGACUCUGCUCAGUUCUCCUGGAGAAGAAGCUCAUGGGAUCAGGAGAUGCAUCAGUCAGUGCAUAGUGUGGCUAAGUACCCAGGAGAGCAGGAGCAUCAGAAGAGCAAGCAGACACACAAAUCCCCGGUGAGCACUCUGCCUGGUGAGAUGGCUGAACACCGGUGGAAGACGCUGCAGUUUCUGGUCGAGAACCCCAAACCGCCACCUGCUCAAGCACAUAAGCUAAAUGGCCCGAAGAUGCUUGUGUCUGACUGGCAAGGGGUUGAAGCCUGGCAUGAACCCCAGCACCAAGAUCCACAUCCUCGUGUGAGUGCUAGUUGGGUGUCUUAUAAACCUAACAUCCUGAGGUCCAAAAGAACUGCGCCUGUUCAGAGUCCAGAGCCGAAAAUGACUGAAACUCCCCAAGUCACUGAGACUCCAACUACUGAGCCUUUGACUAUUGAGCCUGAAACUAUGAAGAUGCCACAGGUUCCACAGAGCCCUGCUGUGCCAGAGCAAACUCCCCAGUCUCCAACAGUUCCAAUGAAGAGUGACCCAGUUAUCAUUAAAGAGCCGGAAGCCCCACAGUCCGUCAUCGUUCACUGCGGUGAGAGCCUACUCCACCUACAGGUGAAGAUGGAUUUCUUUGGGACGGGACGCCUGAUUGGUUCGUCUGACGUCACGCUUGGUGGCUGUGCUCCGACAGGCCAAAACGCUUCCUCUGAGAUGUUGCUGUUUGAGACGGAGUUGCACAAAUGUGGAAGCACCGUGAAGGUUACUGACAACCUGCUAGUUUACACAUUUGCCCUGUCCUACACCCCGACAUCCACUGAGGACUCCCCUAUAGUAAGAUCAAAUGGUGCUGUGGUCAAUAUUUCAUGUCAAUACCAGAGAUUGCAUAAUGUGAGCAGCAAUGCUGUAAUGCCCACCUGGAUACCCUUCCACUACACCAGGGCAACUGAAGCUACUCUGGACUUUUCCUUGAGGCUCAUGAAUGAUGACUGGAUGUCUGAGAGGGCUUCGGGCAAGUACUUCCUUGGGGAUGUCAUGAACAUUGAGGCCUCAGUUCACCAGCCCCAUCAUAUAUUUGUGAAGGAAUGCGUGGCUUUUCCAAGUCCAGGCACUAUGGCUGAACCUGCCUAUUUUCUCAUUGAAAAGCAUGGGUGUCUGUCUGACUCGAAGCUGGCUGGAUCCCGUUCUCGCUUCAUGCCCACAACACAAAAUGGCACACUCAGAUUUCAGCUGGAGACCUUUAGGUUUGCUGGCGUCAGCCAGAAUUCGCUGUACAUAAGAUGUACCCUCAUGGCAGUAUUGCACUCCAACAUGGCUGACAGCAUGCAUAAGGCCUGUCAUUUCUCCAGGGAAAUGGACCGGUGGAUCAGUGCUAAUGGGAAUGAUGAGGUAUGUAGCUGUUGUGAUGAAGAAACGUGUCCACACAGAAUGGCAAGAAGCCUUAAGGGUUUUAAACAGCGGGUCAUGGUACUGGGACUCAAUAUUCAGAAGAGGAUUCCAGAAUAGUCUUGGACGUUGGGUUUUCUAUGAUUUCAGUUGCAUGACUGAACGAAGUGUAAAUGAUAUUAAUGAGUUUGUAUAAUAAAGUGUAUGUUUUCUCAAUUUAA